GCCACCGUGGUAUUCAACAGUCCUUCCAGGUAUUUUCGAAUUCGAAUAAGGGAAAUCCAUUCCACCCCUACAUAUAUCUUGGUCUAGAGAGUCUAAAGGAAUUCCGAAAGUAAUCAAAUGUUGCAGGGGCCUUCAAUUAUUCAAUGAGUCACCCGCAUCUAGUAUGCAUAUGGACAAUAAAGGCGCAAUUGACCUUACUACCUCUAAUAUACAGAUCAAGCGGUCUAAGCAUAUUGAUAUUUGAUAUCACUACACGCGCAAUCUGAUUGACUAAGGUAUUAUUCAUAUCAAACAGAUCUCUACAACUGAUAUGGUUGCCAAUGGCUUCACGAAGCCACUGGGAUCAGAGGCCCACUCUAAAUUCGUGUGUUUACUAGGUUUGCAGAGCUCGGACCUUGCUUUGAUGGAGAUCCGCCUCAGCAUGUAAACGGCUACGCCAACCAUGCCUGUGGUUGGGUCGAUGCGGAGCGCGUUAUGGAGGUAUUUGCACGUAAAUGCGUUGACGCUGGUGUCUCCUUUACCACUGGAGAAAGGGGGACAGUUGUGUCGCUGGUGCUGAAGGAGAAAAUGCUAGUUGGUGUCAAGGUGGCUACCGGAGAGACUUUGCCCUGUGCUCGAGUGAUCCUGGCAACUGGAUCAUGGACAAGCCAUCUCUUGGACCUUCGUGGAGCGGCCGUCUUAACCUGCAACCCAGUUGCUUCUAUUCAACUUUCCAAGGAUGAGACAGCCGAGUUAUCGAAGCAGCCAGUGAUAUGCAACUUACCAUCGGGCGUGUUUGUGUUUCCACCGACACCCAAUGGUAUCUUGAAAGUGGCAAGACACGACUAUGGAUAUGAGACGACAAUGGUGGCCCGAUCUCGACCAUGCACCCAGCCAUGGAGCUCUACAUCUGCCCCAAAGUUAGUCAAAAGCCAUUUCACUACUAAUUUCAUCCCUGAUGAGGCAGAUACGGCUUUCCGUGCUGGCCUCACUCUGCUACUGCCUCGAUUCAAGGACCGUCCAUGGAUAAAGCGCAAACUUUGCUGGUACUCUGACACCAGAAAUGGAGACUUUAUUGUUGACUAUCACCCUAGCAUUUCUGGCUUGUUUUUAGCCACUGGGGAUAGUGGCCACUGUUUCAAGUUCCUACCUGUCAUAUGCGGACAUGUCUCCGAUAUCUUUGAAGAUAAAACACCAGGUAUCCAUCGCGCUCGCUGGGUAUUUAAGCCGACAGAUAAACCAAUGGCCAGUGCUAGUAGUGAUGGAAGCCGAGGCGGCCCACCUAGAAGGGUUCUGACUCGCUCCGAGCAAGCGAAGUUGUAGUCUCCAUUAUGACAGAGACAGUGAUUUGCAAACUGUAAAAAAUCACGCAAAGCCCGAGGAGUGAUGUUAGUGAGAAAUCCUAAACUAUCAAUUGCUCUUGUUUGCAUAUGAUUCCAUCAAGUAGGGAGGGGGUUCAGGUUCUCUACGACAGAUGUGUGAUCAUCGCCAGCUUUGGCCCCACCGCCUCCGUUUCUAGCCUUCUCAUGUAGCCGCGGUGCCAGCUAUAAGUUAGCUAAGGCAAAGUGCAUCAGUCCACGGGACUCCAUAUCUUCAGUGCAUCCAAUUGGUCAGCUCACCUGCAGAAAACUUUUGAGGGCGGGUAUGAAGUUUA